AUGCGCGAAUCUAACGUUGAAAUAAACGGGCUCCCUGAACAUCGAUCCGAAAAUCUGUCCACAACUCUUAUAAGCCUUGCUGAAGCUGUUGGAUGCUCUAUUGGAGAUGCUGAUAUUCAACAUGUUACUCGCGUGGCUAAAUUGGACAAAGAAAGUACAAGGCCCCGAGCUGUAAUAGCAAAACUACGAAGUGCUCGUCAACGUGAUACCCUCUUAGCCGCAGUCACAAAGUUCAAUAAAAAUAAAAAGGCUCAUGAAAAGCUAAACUCUGGCCAUUUCGGUGUUUCUGGAAGUGCUCCUCUUGCCCCAAUCUACGUUAGCGAACAUCUUACCCCAGCAAAUAAGUCUUUACAUGCAGCUGCUCGAACAACGGCUAAAGUCUCGGGCUAUAAGUAUGUAUGGGUUCGUAACGGGCGAAUCUAUAUGAGAAAAGACGAAUCGUGCUCCUGCAUUCUAAUCCGCAGUCAUGACACUCUCAAGUCAAUUACUUAG